CGUCGCCCAAUACAUCAAUUUCGAAAGUAAGUAUUCUACGACAGAAGGUACGACAGAUCAGAAUGCGGAUUGAUGGCAAGUGAUUAGAAGCGUUGGAUAGCGUCGGGGAAUACGUUAACGACACAGCGAGAGAGAUGAUAAGAGUUGGGAAAUUAGCAUGAAAGACACAAUCUCGACAAUGGAAAAGGAUUCAAAUCAUGAUCUUUGCAUAGACUCCUGCCGUCACUAUUCGAUUUUCUUUGACAUUGGUUUCGACUUCGACUCUUUACACGAUUUCUGCAAUCCGCAUUCUCUGCGUCUUUCUGGUGUAUCUCGCCUCUAUAGAACACAAUACUUAUCCCGCUAUUUGAUCUCUUUUUUCACAGAUGGCACCCAAGGCAAAGAAGACCACAAGCGAUAACAUCAACAGCAAGCUACAACUUGUUAUCAAGAGUGGAAAGGUCUCCCUUGGACUUAAAUCCGCCUUGAAAUCUAUGCGUAGCGGAAAGGCAAAGUUGGUCCUCAUUUCUGCCAACACACCUCCAUUGCGCAAAUCUGAAUUGGAAUACUACGCUAUGUUGAGCAAGACUAGCGUCCACCACUACCAAGGCAGCAACGUUGCCCUCGGUACCGCUGCCGGAAAGUUGUUCCGUGUUGGUGUCAUGACCGUUUUGGAUGCUGGUGACUCUGACUUGUUGAGCACUGUUGCCGCAUAAAGUGGAUAAGGAUCGAUAAUCCCAAUCCGACAUUAUGCUUUUACACAUCCUUCACAGUCUUUUGCCUCGCAAUCUUAUGUACACUUUCCAUCACACCCUCUAGGCCAGAGGGCGCAUCAUACUACGGCCAAUCAAAAGCAUUUCUUACAUGAUCAAUCAGUCUGGGCGGAAUGUUUUUAAGGGGUUCACUUUCGAAUGCCACGGCAGAGCUGCUGAUUUUGCAGAAGAGCUUACAUGCUUACAUUUUAGAAGUUUUGGAUACAGACGAGGCAGCAUCAUCGAGGGAAAGCGGGCUUCAUCGUCUUCACCUUAGUUACUCAUGAGUGGGAACGUUUUCUGCUAUAGCAUAAGUAUGAUGUGAUUAGGGUUCUCACAAAUAGGAGCCAGAUAUGUGACAAAUUGCUCGUUUUAAAUCAGACUGCCUCAGAGGCUUUAUAGUGGAGAUUAAUAGGCUGAAGCUUGGUCAUGUGUUAAUUGUCAUGU